UUUGUCAAACGAGAGCGUCGCUAACACACAAGACAACACUGCGUGCGUCUUCAUAGCGCUGGUCCUGCAUUACUCCAUGCUGGCCUCAUUCACCUGGUUCUUCAUUCAAGCUCUUCAUAUGUACUUAUGGCUCAUCAGACAGAACGUCACCAUCACAAACUACAUGAGGAAGAUCACCGUGUUGGGCUGGGUGUGUCCAGCUCUGAUAGUCGUAGUUAUAGUUUCUGUAGGAGGAUAUAAAGCAGUGAUCCUAAACGCGAUGUCUGGAAAAAUCACACGGAUGUGCUGGAUUACAAAUCCUUACAUUCACUACAUAGUGAACAUCGGCUACUACGCUUUAGUUUUCAUCUUUACGACAGGAAUCUUCAUCAUGAUCGUCACUAAGGUCGUUCAGGCCAGAAUCAUAAGAGCGACUGACGGCAAGAGAAAGACGUUCAGAAAGCAGCUGAUGAUGGUGUUGAGUUUGUUCCUGCUCUUCGGUCUGACGUGGUCUGUGAUGUUCUUCAGUUAUGGUGCUGGUGUCCUGUAGAUCUUCGUUGACCGCGGAGGAUGACACCAGCUCCAUUUAAGACCCAGAGCCCAGCCAACCAGCACCCCGACACGCGGAGUUUGAGCCCGAGCCCACCGCGGAUGACGAGCCAGAGCCACG